UCUUCAUUCUUCUCUUCUGUGUUUUUUUUUUUGCUUCUCAGUCUCCACCAAAAAUAGAGAAAAAAACCCAAACCCUCACCCCCUGCCUUCGAUUAACUACGCAAAAGCCAAGCCGGUGUCUUUUCCAGAUUUGAAUAUAUGCAAGUCGACGAUAACCUAAACCGCCUUCAAUCUCUUCUCUUCGGAACCGAACUCGCCGCCGAGAGAAACGACUUCUCCUCCGCUCAGAUCUGCAGUCUUUGUCCCAUAGUCCCACUCUCAGCUCGACCAUGCUUUCGUCAGCCUUAUUCUCUGCAAAGCCAUCUCCAAGCUCGGUGAGGCUCGCUGUCCGCGCAUUUCUGAUUCCGAUCGGUUGAGAUAUGUCCUUGAGAUGCUAUCUGCAUACAGCAAAGCUUCUGAGCAAACGAAAAAAGAUCCUGGUUUUGUUUUCAGCACAAAACGGUUUAAGGAGAUGUUGACAUUAGGAGGGUUCAACAGUCAAAGUACUUUCAGCCUUUUCUUCAGUUCAUAAUGCUUCUCUUAAUUUAAGCAGAGUUGGGAAGGAACUAAAAAAAGAAUAAAGAAGAUGUUCAACAAGGUUGAUCUCUCUGUUUCAUCAUAUGACACUGCUUGGGUGGCAAUGGUCCAUUCUCCAAAUUCCAGGAAGGAGCCUUUCUUCCCUGAAUGUGUAAAUUGGUUGUUAGAUAAUCAACUUCAGGAUGGCUCAUGGGGUCCUCCUAAUCUGCAUCAGUUGUUAACCAAAGAUGCCCUCUUAUCCACGUUACCAUGCAUCCUUGCACUAAAGCGAUGGAAUAUUGGUCUGCAUUUUAUCGAGUCAAAUUUAGCUUCAGCUACUGAUGGAGAGCAACCAUCUCCUGUUGGGUUUGAUAUAAUAUUUCCUUCCAUGAUUGAAUCUGCAAUGAAUUUGGAUGUGAAUCUACCUUUGGGAGGAUUAACCUUAGAUGCUUUACUUUUCAGGAGAGACUUUGAGCUUCAAAGAGGCAACAGAAGCAACUCAGAGGGGUGGAGAGCUUAUCUCGCAUAUAUUUCAGAAGGAAUCGGAAAGUCACAGGACUGGGAGAUGGUCAUGAAGUACCAGAAGAAGAAUGGGUCCUUGUUUAACUCACCAUCAACUACUGCUGCUGCUUUUACUCACCUCAACAAUGCUGGUUGUCUUAGUUAUCUACGCUCACUCAUAGAAAAGUUUGGAAGUGCAGUUCCAAUGAUUUAUCCUCUAGAUAACUAUGCUCGCCUUUCUAUGGUUUCUAGUCUUGAAAGUAUGGGUGUUGAUUGACAUUUCAGGGAGGAAAUAAGGAGUGUACUUGAUGAAACAUACAGAUGCUGGCUGCAGGGGGAUGAAGAUAUAUUUUCAGAUGCUGGCAUCUGUGCCAUUGGUUGUUUAAUGCAGAAACAAGGGAAUAUUAUUUGUUGCUAUUGAUUAUAACAGGCCUCUUUCGGAUUAAGGCCCUUUUGACAUUGUGUUGCAUAAGCUUUUGGGAAGAGAGUGAUGCUAGAUUCUUGGUGGUAGUAGUAUCCAAAGGAUUCGAGAAGAGGCUAUAGUUGGUUGAUGAUGGUUCGAGCAACAUUAGAACGAAGGAUCUUGGUAUUGAGUCUUGGGUUCUCCCAUCCAGUAAGGAUGGAUAUUCCUGAUGGCAGACAAGUGAAGGUGGAAAAAAACCCCAGAAUCAUAGUUAGUGGUUAUGACUAGAGUGAAAUCUGCCAGUUUGCUGCUUCCAUUAGGAAAUGGAGACUUACAGAGCCAUACAAAGGUAAGAGUGUGAAAUUAUGCUGAAGGAAUUGUAAGAAGAAAGGAGGGAAAAGCAGGAAAGAAGUAAUAUGUUCUUUCCUUGGCCUUGGUUUAUUUUUGUAUUCUCACAUUUGUGCUUGUCAAUAUGUAUCACAAUUAUUGUGAUUAAUGAUAGCUGCAUGUUGUUCAUUCUUCCGGUAUUCUACUUGUAAGUAAAUCCUAUGUGAUGUAGAUAUCUGAAUGAAGUUUAUUUAUUAAUAAAA